ACAUAUCAAACACAGGAAACGACUACACUUCUGAUUGGGUGAUAGAGGAGCUCUCGCAUACAGGGACAGAAUUUUCGCUCACCGUUUGCAGAUGUAUUUACUAUAAAUACAUGAAAACUAAACCACUAUCGUAAAUUGCACCAUUCAAAGGAUCAAAAUGGGAACCUUGCAAGAACCCAGUGCUUUGACAGCCAGACUGCAAAACACUCUCAUGUCUUACCAUAGCCUGGAUGAGACUGAGUGGAGGGUAGCCAAGAAAUCGAAAGAUGUCACGGUAUGGAGAAAGUCAUCAGAGGAGUUUCGUGGCUAUCUGUAUAAAUCCCAGGGUAUGGUUGACGAUAACCCCAAUAGAAUAGUGGAUUACAUACGCCCUGGGCCUUAUCGAUUAGACUGGGAUAGUUUGAUGACAGCAAUGGACAUAAUAGAAACCCUUGAUCAGGGCUGUUGUGUGAUGAGGUACACAACUGCAGGCCAGCUGUGGAACAUCAUAGCUCCCAGAGAGUUUAUUGAUUUCUCCUACACCACAGACUACCAGGAUGGACUAUUGUCCUGUGGUAUCAGUGUGGAGCAUGAGGAGCAGCACCAGAGUUAUGUCCGGGGCUUCAACCACCCAUGUGGCUGGUUCUGUGUGCCCACCCCAGAUAGCACCACCACCCCAGCCCAGAGCCUCCUGACAGGGUACAUUCAGACAGACCUCCGGGGUAUGAUCCCCCAGUCUGCCGUGGACACAGCCAUGGCCAGCACCCUCAUCAACUUCUACACUGACCUACGCAGGGCUCUGAAGAAAGCCUAACCAGUACUAGCCCGGUUGCCAGAUUGGUUUAUGCUUUAGCCAACUCUGUCGUAUUUGUUGUUAUACUGAAUGCAUGGGAUGGCAAGGGAAGUAAGAGGAGUUGGCUAAAACACGUUCAAAUCUGGCGACUAGGCUAAACCAGUACAUCCUAACAGCACUCCUUUUUCAAUACACCAGUCGAUUGAUCAGUCAGUCUAUACUCCACCCUCAUAGAGGGCUAUAGAGAUCCAACUCCAAUUCACACCAACUCAGGGCAGGAUCCAGUUUAGGUUGAAACAGGGUAGGAGUUAAAGGACAUGGUCUGACCUGGUCUGCUGCUCACUGGACUUUGGAGUUGUGACUUGUUAUUUGUCUGCUCUUUAAAUCAUUAUAUAAUACUGAAAAUUGCUACGAGAUUAAGGUAUUACACAAACACUGAAGCACUUGAUCAUAGUCAAUGUUUGCCUUUUUUGUUGAUCUUUUUUGCUGAUUUUGGACAAACAUCGAACAUACCCAACAGAUUAAAUUGUUGGGGGUAGAUAGAUUUAAAAAAUAUAGGUAGACAGACAGCCAAUACAAUCAAUGCAAUGUUGCUUUUAGUUGAAGUUACAAGUGAAAGUGUUUGCAGGACUAUACAUUGGAAUUUGACUGGUGUGUCACGCCCUGAUCUGUUUCACCUGUCCUUGUGCUUGUCUACACCCCCCUCCAGGUGUCACCCAUCUUCGCUAUUAUCCCUGUGUAUUUAUACCUGUGUUCUCUGUCUGUUUGUUGCCAGUUGGUCUUGUUAGUUCAAGUUAAUCAGCGGUUUUCCUGGCAGCGCCUAUCGUUUCCCAGCCUCUCUUUCCUCGUCAUCCUGGUUUUUGACCUUUGCCUGUCCUGACCCUUUACCCGCCCGUCUGACCUCUCUGCCUGACCCUGAGCCUGUCUGCCGUCCUGUACCUUUGCUCCACCUCUGGAUUACUGAACUCUGCCUGUCCCUGACCCUGAGUCCGCCUGCCGUCCUGUACCUUUGCCUUACCCUGGAUCUUCGACCCCUGCCUGCCUUGACCUGUCUUUGCCUGCCCCUAUUUCUACAAUAAACAUGGUUACUUCAACA